AUGAGCACAGAAACAGGCACAGGGACAGGCAACACAACAGGGGCAAAAACAAGACCAGACAUAGGAGCAGGCAACAUAGCAGACACGGGAGGCCCACGGGAAACAGGACGCACAGGCCGGCACGAGACAGGUGGGAACCAAGGGGUCAGAGGCAGCAGGAGACACAGAUGGGGGCAGGAUUGGGCAUGGAACAUGAAGCCUGUGGGUCAGGAGAUAAACGCUAGCAUGUACAAGCAGCAACACCGCCCCCUUCAGUGCGCCAGACGUACUGCAGGUGUGCAGUGCCGCCUUGCAUCGUUGGCCAGCACCACGGUAGCCCUCUGCGUGUGCCAUAUGGAAACCAGUGGUGCAGUCACUCCUAACCUGGAAUAUUUGCUGCCACGUGCCAAUCAUGUGAGGCUCGAACAAGGCGGGCAGCUGGAAUGGCCAGAGCUGUUUCCAGAGUGCGGGGGAUUGGCGCAGUCGCCCAUAGACGUGGUCACUUCCCAGACACGGCACGAGCCAUUGCUGCCCCCACUCCGGCUGGUUUGGCACAACAGGGAUGUCUACGAGCCUUUCACUCUCUCCAACAAUGGCCAUACGGUGAAGAUGGCAUUGCCAAGCAGGAUGGGUGUUGCUGGGUUGCCAUGGCAAUUCAGUGCCUUCCAGCUCCACCUACACUGGGGGAAUGGAGCCAUGGACAUGGCUACUGGAAGUGAACACACCAUUGAUGGACAAAGUGCCUGUGCAGAGCUCCAUGUAGUGCACUAUAACUCAGAGCUGUAUGCUAAUGUGUCUGAAGCUAAAUCCCAGGAAAACGGCCUGGCUGUUCUAGGAGUGCUUAUACAGUCAGGUGAGGAGAUCAAUCAGGCGUAUAAUAAUAUCCUUCACCACCUGGCCUACGUCAGGCCCCACGACACAGUCCAAGGUUUUCACUCUAUAUCAGCUCUCAACAUUGAUCUGCUGAUGAUGGAGAUGUUGGUGUACUCCAGCAAGGCGGGUGAGAUGGAGCCCACGAUGCUCCAGAACAAUUAUCGCUCCACGCAGCCACUCAACCACAGGGUUGUGCUCUCCUCCUUCAUCACUGGGUCAGUGAAAAGGUACACAGCUGGUAAAAUCUCUGCCAUCGUAAUGGGCUCUGUUUAUGGAUGUGUUGGUCUGGCUGUAAUCAUCUGCUUCAUUGUGAAAACAGUGCGAACUAAGGAUACGACAAAGGACCUUAUACAAGAUGUAGCUCUAAACACUACACCUGAUCCUGGAACAAAAGAAGAGACCAUGCCUCAGUCAGAACCUUAACCUUUCACCCCUCAACCUGAAUUUGAUGUUUUAUGUGUGAGUGCAUAAGACAAACUCUUUACCUGCCACACACCCCACCUCUCUUCUACCCAAUUUCUUCUCCUUAAUUGCAAUUUUGCAGCUGAAGACUUGUAAGUCUCUGUGUUGUAGAGACUCUGCCUUGACGUUAUUGUUGUGUCUAGUAAUUUUUUAGAUUCCCUUUUUGGUAUAUGUAACAAUUAUAUUAGAGAAAUAUUCUCUGUUACCUCUUCAUAAACUGAACGCACAUAUAAUGUUUGCCAAGCAGCA